CUACAAGUCACCAUGUCUUUUUUGGACACUUUGCGCCUGUGGGACGAGGCUGUGGCUUGUGUUGACAGGCAGGAUUUGUCGGAUGCACUCCGAAUUUUUCUGUCCAUCAAAGAACCAAACUCCAAAAUUUAUUUCAACAUUGGCUGUCUCCAUCUGAUCAACCAAGAACUGGAUGCUGCUGAGAAGGCGUUUGACUGCAGUAUAGGCAAGGAUGACCAUCUGGCUAUUGCUUUCUUUCAAAGAGGAAUCACUUUCUACAAGAAAGAGAGGUUUGAGGAGUGUGUUGCUGACUUCCAACAUGCCUUCAAGGAGCUUCGUGGCAACCAACUGAUUGAUUACAAAACUCUUGGUCUCAGAUACAAAUUACAUGCAUGUGAGGUUCUUCACAACAUGGCACUGGCAGAGGCUCAGCUGGGCCACUGGGAAAAAGCCCAAGAAAACCUUGUAACAGCACUCAGCUACAAGACGGAGUCCAAGCUCAUCCUCAUUGACAGAGCUCUGCAGUCAAUCCUGAAACAGAAACUCUUCAAACCGGUUGAAUUCCCAUCUAAAGUGCUGUUCACACCUAAAAAGCACUAUGUCGCUGAGCUGGAGAAGAAGGACUACCUGGGCAAAGCUAAGGUUGUUGCCUCCAUCAUUCCACAGGAUGACUUCUCUGGGUUUGCUCCACUACAGCCACAGGUUGAAGAUGGUCCUGCUGACCCCAAAGCACCUGAAGUUUUAAAGGCUCUGGAAGGAGAGCCUCACACUGUCCUAUUUGAGUUUGUUCCUGAGACCAGUGAUGAACUGGCUGUGGUGCCUGGUAAUGUUGUGUUUGUUCUGCAGAAAGGUGCAGACAACUGGGCAUCUGUUAUUUUCAAUGAAAGAAGGGGACUUGUUCCUUAUAAUUACCUGGAGCGAUUGGAGAUCACUUUAGCUUCCAAACAGGAUGGCAAUGACCAUGGUAACCAUGGACAAGAAAUAUCUAAGCCUCCAAGACGGGAACCACCAAGCAGACCUGAGAGAAAGUCAGUGAUGACACCCUGUGACAAGAGAGACAAACGUACGCAACCUGAGGUUGAAACAUGCAUUGAAAACUCUUCAUGUAUUGUGAAAGUACAUUUCACAUACAACCUGGCAGUUUGUGUGUCACCUGGCUCUACCUAUGAAACACUGCUUGAGAAGAUCAGUAAGAAACUGAACCUGCCUGCUGCUUCAGUCACACUAAGUUUCAACUCUGAGGCAGCCGGACAGAAAGAGAUCAAUGCCGACACUGAAAUGGGCAAAGUGUGGAGCAGUGCCAGUGCUGGCCGCCUCACCCUGUGGUGUAAAAUCAAGGAGACUGAUGGAACACGACAACAGCAGAUUCACUUGGUGGCUCUUCACUCCUACGAGUCAAAAAAUCCUGAGGAUCUCACUUUCCAUGAAGGAGACACAAUCAUAUUUCUGUCAAAAGUCAACCAGGACUGGUGGGAAGGCCAGUGCAAUGGAAAUACUGGAAUAUUUCCUGCAUCCUUUGUGGAAGAAGUUUCUGUGAAUGGAUAGAAACCCAAAAAUAUAAGGUGUCCAUCACUGAAAGCAGCCAUCAUAAUUAAUACACUUAGUAACAUUUAGUCUUACCUGAUUUAUCAUAAAAACUGGAUUGGUGAUGAUGUAAUAAAAAUGAUGCCAAGUCUUAAGUCUUCCUCUAAAUGUUUUCCCAUUACUGAUCAUUUGGCAGCUGACCCACAUCUGGUGGCUUCAAUCUUCAGGUUAAUAUAUAGUUCUGUGCCAUGGUAGCUACGCUGUAGUCUUCAACACCUCUGUGAGAAUUUAUAGUUCUGCAUAGCAGAGUUGAACAAAAGAAAGAGAGAUGACAACCAAAGAGAUGUCUUCUAGUCCUGAUACAGGACCUUUUGAUAGUCUUUAGUCAUAUCUGUUGUUGGCUUUCCCAAAGGCCCCUGUACUGCUCCAUAGAAAAAGAUGUGUUAAAAAGUCAACAAGGCCUGUAGUG